CUUCUAUUCACGCAUUGGUUUGGAAUACUUUUUUAAAAAUACUUUUUGAAUUUCUGGCGCUGCCAUUCACUCGUUCGCGCGGAUUUCAACCUCAACCCCCAAACUUGCACCUUUCCUUUAUUAAUAAAUAUGAAUUGCUUGACACGCACGCUUGUCCAGACUCGGCAGCCCGUCUUGGUCAUACAGCGGGGGAUGAAGAAGAAGAGCAAGAUCCCCGUCACCUUGCUCAAGGAUAUCCCGCGCGUUGGCUCUGCUGGUUCGGUGAUCCAGGUGAACAAGGCGUAUAUGCGGCAUGAGCUGUAUCCAAAGCGGAUGGCGGAGUACGUGCUUACGCGUGAGGGGCCUCUGGAUCGGACCAAGGCUGUGGAAAAGGAGUCUGGAACAGCACCAUCCAGGACACACGUUGAAGCGCAGCAGAAGGUGCACUCGAUGGCACUGAGCAACCAGGAGACCAUAGGCCUGAUUAUGAAGCUCCAGCCGCUUGUGUUUGAGCGCAAGGUUGUUGUUGCCGCAGAUGGUGGCGCCGAGGAGGGCGUGCAGGCAAUCUAUGGCUCGCUGGCAAAGACGGACGUUAUCAAGGCGCUGGCUGAAGAGCAUGGGAUUGUAAUUGACAAGGACGCGCUGAGCAUGGAUGACAAGAUUAAGAGCGUUGGCGAGUACAGAUGCGUGGUCAAGCUCAUAUACGCUGGUCAGGCAUCAUUCAAAGCGCAGGUGGUUCCGGCCAAGGACGAGUCGCAGCAGCAGCAGUAAUGAUAAAUACAACGCGUUUCCUCCACAGACCCCAACCAAUGCUUCAGCCUGAAGAAAUAAUGAAAUAUUACAAAGUUACAAAGUGCAGAAUUGUCAUAUAUCUUUGAUGCAACCGUUUUAUAGCUUUUCUCUAUUGGUAACCCGCCGUGCCAUGGCGCUGCACAGCAUCACGUGCUGUAAAACAAUGCUUUGCAGCGAUGCAACGGCAGUACACCAAGGCAGUCAUGCCAGCCAGCCUGCCAGCCAGCCACAAAGAGGGAGGGAUGGCGCGGAAGCAAGAUAUAAUCGGCUUUGCACUACAAGCAGCAUCGUCGCCCGUUUACCGAUUCAUUCUUUCUUCCCCCCUUUCUCGCUUCUUUCUUUCCGUCCAUUUCAAGCUUUUUCUUUUUCCU